UCCUCAGUUAUUUCCUUAGUUUCCAAGGGACGGUCGGUACUGUGCGUCGCUGACGGACAUAGCCAUGAUGACCCGAAAAGCUGCGAACCUGGCUUAGUUUACAAUGAGAAAAUAGUAUAACGGGAUUAUUUCAUAUUUUAAGACGAAUUUGGUACUAUUGCUGUUAAACUAAAGGUCAGAGUGUGCAAGCGCUUGUGUGUUAGUGAUGCUGUCCCAGUGCUAUCUCCUCUUGCUCCUGAGCAUGGUCAGCCUGACCCCCUGCUCACUGGCACUGCCCUUUGAGCAAAGGGGCUUCUGGGAUUUUGGCUUCGAUGGUGAGGCGGGGGGGCUGAUGAUGACGAUGAUGAGGGAUGAAGAAGGCUCCGGUUCGGGGGAGGAGAUGCUGCCCGAGAUAUUUCCUCUAUGUCCCUUCGGGUGCCACUGUCAGCUGAAAGUGGUGCAGUGCUCUGACUUGGGCUUGAUUGAGGUCCCAAAAAACAUCCCGCCUGACACGAAGCUGCUGGAUCUGCAAAACAACCACAUUACAGAGCUGAAGGAAGACGCCUUUAAGGGCCUCAGCAAUCUCUAUGCUUUGUCACUAGUCAACAACAAGAUCUGGAAGGUUCACCCGCGGGCCUUCUCCCCCCUGCGCCACCUGCAGAAGCUUUAUUUCUCCAAGAACCUGCUGACAGCGAUACCCCGGAACCUUCCGCCUUCGCUGGUGGAGCUACGUAUCCAUGACAACCACAUUAAGAAGGUGGCUGAGGGAACCUUCUCUGGCCUGGGCAACAUGAACUGUAUAGAAAUGGGCGGGAACCCCAUUCGGAACAGUGGCUUUGAGCCUGGUGCUUUCAAAGGCCUGAAACUCAACUACCUGCGCAUCUCUGAGGCUAAGCUGACUGGUGUGCCCAAAGAUUUUCCUGAAAGUCUCAGUGAGCUUCAUCUAGACCAGAACCAAAUCCAAGCAGUUGAGCUGGAGGAUUUGAGCCGCUACAAGAACUUGUUCAGGUUGGGCCUAGGCUACAAUCGCAUCCGUAUGGUCGAGAACGGCAGCCUGUCCUAUUUGCCGAACCUGAGAGAGCUGCAUUUGGAAAACAACCAGCUGACCCGUGUCCCCAGUGGCCUGCCUGACUUGAAGUACCUUCAGGUGGUCUACCUCCAUUCCAACAACAUAAGUCAGGUAGGCAUGGACGACUUCUGCCCGCGCGGCUACGGAAUGAAGAGAACCUUCUACCAAGGCAUCAGUCUCUACGGCAACCCGGUCCCUUACUGGGAGGUGCAGCCCUCAACCUUCCGCUGCGUCUACGAUCGGCUGGCCAUACACUUCGGAAACUAUAAGAAGUAGAACCGUGGGAGGGUGAUGGGGGGGGGGGGAGAGAGAGAGAGAGAGAGAGAGAGAGAGAGAGAGAGAGAGAGAGAUAGAGAGACGAAAGAAACGGAUACUGGACAUCGAAAACAAAAACCAAAGGAAGGACGGAAGAUCGGAGGAGAGGGGAGAUGUACAGUAUGUUUAGGUUAGUGCGGUCUCGAGGCUGAAGGGGCUGGAUAAGGUAGAGCAAGUUCUGAGCAAGAUUUGCUCUGCUCAACUCUAUGGAGGAUGCAGAGUAUUAAGAGCACAAUCUGACUAUGUUCCAAAGCAUAUUCCUUCAACCAUGGCCAAAUGCUACAUAGGAUAUGUUUUCAUUUCAAAUAAAAUACCUAUCUGUUUCUUUUGCAACGGGCUUCAUAUUGUUCACAAGGUAUGUUCAUUAGUCAUUUAGUGUCAUUCAGGUUGACUCUUAAUUAAUGUCAGUUUUAUAAUAUUAUUAUAAUUAUUAUAAUACUAGUUGUUUUAUUGUUGGAGUCUGUUCAGAGAAGUUAAAUAUAGAUUUAAAUAAUGUUCUUUAUGUAUAGGCCCGUCUUUAUGAGUGUGUUUUGGUGAGAAACUUUUUUUCAGUGCCUUCCUUCUUGUGCUUCAGGGGUGUGUUGGGUUGGAGGUAGAAAAAUCAGUACUGUAUAUCAGAGAACCACAUUCCCUGUUUUACACUUAGCGCUUUAUGAUGCAGACUGUCAGAAAGCCAGGCCCAUGGGUUUUCAUUGCCAUCACCGGGUCUGGAAUUGAGAAUGACUGUUCUGUUUUGCACAAUGUCUAUGUCUCUCCACAUACCAAAAGAUUCGGAUGGAUAUUUUGGGCGGGGCUGACUCCAUGGAUUGGUUGGCAACACCGCGAGCAUGCGCUGUACUCUGCCGAUGUACCAAGUUGAUAAUAAUAAAAAAAAAAGGCUCCAGCUUCAUUUGAGGAGCAGAAACGACAUGAUCAUGGUCUGAAAGCUGUGACAAAUAAAACAAUAAUUUAA